AUGAGCCAAGAGGUCGUUCAUAACCUUGUACGAGUGUCAGUGGGUCAUCCUCGAAUAUGUUGUGUGUGUGAAGAUUAUAUUGUCACUCCUCGAUGUACAGCCAGACAAUGCAUCACUUGUGAAUGUGUAUUACACGCCUCAUGUUUCGUCAAGGCAGAAAAAUGCGAGUACUCAAAUCGGAGUUCCACUAAAACGGACACGUCAGUCGCCAUUUCUUUAUCAGAUCAGGUUAGAACCUUGUUUUUUUUAAAUAUCAAACUGUAUUGCCUAAGUUAA